AAGCUCCAUUGCUUUUGUAACUACAUCAUCCCACUCUAGCAAAACUCGGACUUUAACAUAACACAAUCGACACAAUGUCUUCAGGAGCGUCUGGAAGUGACGAGAAAAUUUCGGCGGCGAAGAUUGACCCGCUUGCAUCGACCAUGAAGCAGGGGGUUCCUCAUGACCAAAGCUCUCGUGGAGCUGUUGGCACCGAUCGCAAUAUCGAUCGAUCGCGGAUUGCUCCACUUGCUGGACAUGCUCAUCAUCAUCAUGUAGCACCGCAUGCUGAUACCUCGGGCGUCGUUGGCCACGAGCAUACCAUUGCUUCUACUAAGAUCGACCCCCUUAGCAGAACCACUCACACGCCAGUGCCACCGGACACUGGUUUGGACAUUGAGGACAUUGACUCUUCGCGUAUUGAGCCUAUGGGCGAGGUCGAAGACGACGACUAAGCAUGGCUGUCUCUCCUGCAAAUUUAUGGUGGAUCGUUGUCUGUUGACUUAUCAUAAUCGUUAUGCUUGAUAGGUAAAAGCCAU